CUUAAACGUUCAUCGCGCGUCCACGAGUGAACCUUGUGACACCAACAACCUGGUUCGCUGGCCGACCGCGCUCCGAUCUGCGUAUGAUGUGGACAGCCGGUUCUGGACCACGUGUGGCUACCGCUACGUCACAGGCGACCAUUGUUGAUCGCCAACCGCGGGACUGGUUGGAGGUCAUAAACAGGGCGCGUUUCCUUCUUUCGGACAGUAGUUAUAGCUAUCUACUCGUACAUUGCGUUGUGAGUCUUGAAACGAUCCAUUUCCUUUCCAUUCGUACACAGUCCGGAAAAACACACCACAACUAUGGCCGAACUGCAGAAGACGGUCCAAGACACCACCAACAAGGCGCAGCAGGGCGCUAGUGAAGGGACGAAGAAAUGGGAGGCCAUGAGCGAGGAGCAGAAGAAGCACACCUUUGACAACCUCCCAGCGGAGCAGAAGAAGGGGAAGACGUAUGUGGAAUGGAUCCAGGAGGGGUACCACCACCAGUACGAGAACUGGAUGCCGUGGAUCGAGGAUCUGUACCUCAAGUGGUUCACGAAGGACAAUAAGGCGAGUUAUGCUACGAAAGAUUCCCUCGACAAGACCAAAGUCACCGGCAUCGAACAAGUAGACACGCUGCAAGACGGCGUCAACAACCUCGUUGGCGGCCAAGUCGGUAAGGGUGGGCUUUUACAACCCGUAGGCGACGUCAUGUCGACCGAGGGCAUCAACCGGGCCGAGCGCGGUGGCAAGGACGAGAAGGGCACGUACACCGGCCCCGCAUCGUCGUACACCGACCCCGUGGUCAGGAACGCUCAGUCUGCGAGCGAGGGUGUUGCGAGUGGUGCUCAGAGCGCUGGCAACACGGCGUGGAGCGGCGUGCAGAGUGCGGGUGGCGCGAUCGGUGGGAUGUUUGGGGGUGGGAAGAAGUAGGACGGCGGAUUCCAGCCACGAAUGCCUCUUUAGAGGCACACGGCCGUACUCCAGACUGGUGGUGUAAGGGUGGACGUCUUGACUUUAGCGCCUAAUGAUACCUAUGCUUCGUCCAACGUAUGCAGUUGAGUCAUGUUUGAGUAGUCAUUUCCAUCACAAGACCAUAACGAUAUACAGUGUUUGGCCACCAUAACACCAAAGCACGGCAAAGGUCUAUUGUGGCAAG